AUGGUGCGGGCCGCCCUGCGACUUAGCCAGGGCCAGUGCGAGGCCUUCCUGACCAACCUCGCCGACGACGAUAUCCUCCUAUUGCUCGCCAAGCAGGCACCUGCGCUAAAGUGCCUCCAUCUCCAUAGGGGUUAUGUCUCGGAUGAAGGAUUUGCGACCGUGAUUAAGAUGUUACCUCUACUUGAGGAGCUCGAGAUUUCGAAAUGUCCCCAAAUAUAUAGUAGGGAGGUAUAUGAACUUGUUGCUACAGCAUGCCCACUGCUAAAGCACUUCAGACAUGUCUCAGGAAAGCACUGUCAUGCUGAUUAUGCAAUAACAUUUGCGGCUCCAAGGAUGCGCAAACUACGUUCCUUGGAUGUUGUCGGUUGUACCUUCGGUAGGGAAGUUCUGGUAGCUAUCCUAGACAAUUGCCAUGACCUACAGUACCUUAACAUGGCAGUGUGCAACCCUAUUGCCAUUGAUAACCUACCAGAAAAGCUUGCUUGGAUGGGCAUGGAUGACCAUGAUCGGUACUCGAGCAACUACUACGAUGACUAUACUGGUUGUAAAUACUGUUAUCCCUACAAGCCUAGGUGUAGAUACUGCCGUCCCUUAUCCUUUCCGCAGUAUGAAGACGAUUCCUAUGAUGAUUACUGCUACUACCUUGGUGACGGUGAUGAUGUUGAUGAUGCCAUUCUCGAAGAGUAUGAGAAGAUCCUUGACAUCAAGAGCAUGCGUAGGUACUUAAGUUAA